AUGCCAACUGGACCUGUACGUAUCGGAUGUUACUCUGCUUAUUGGGGCGACUCCCCUGCUGCUGCCAUGCAACUCGUCAAACACGAAGGCGCCAACCUUCACUAUUUGGUGGCGGAUUACCUUGCUGAAAUCACAAUGGGUAUUCUUGCAGCACGUCGCCAACGUCGUUUGAUGCAAGGCAAGGAACAAGGCAUCGAUUACGUCCCAGACUUUUUGUCAUUGGUGCUUCGUCGUAUCCUUCCUGACAUUGCCAAGAAUGGUACCAAGGUGGUGACAAACGCUGGUGCAUUGGAUCCAAUUGCAUGUAAAAAGGCUAUUGAGGCGCUGUUGCAAAAAAUGAACAUCAAGAUGAAGGUUGCAGCUGUUGUGGGCGAUGAUGUCCUUGAAGACAAGGACAAUGUGACAUCCUUUUCACCCAUCUCUCCUGUGGAUCACAAGCUGGACUCGGAUCGUUUACCCACUGAUGAAAUGGUCGUGUCACUCAAUGCUUACCUUGGAUCACGUGGCAUUGCCGAUGCAUUAGCUCAAGGUGCUCAAAUUGUUGUCACGGGCCGUGUCGUUGACUCUGCAUUGGUUGUUGGCCCAUUGAUGUAUGAAUAUGGAUGGUCCCCAGAAAAGAAUGGCAACUAUCAUGAUCUCCUUGCUGCUGCCUCUUUGGCCGGCCACAUCAUUGAAUGCGGUACUCAAUCCACUGGUGGCAACUUUACCGAUUGGCAGCUUGUUGCUUCCUCUCCUCAUGGCGGCUAUGCAAACAUGGGUUAUCCUAUUGUCGAGUUCGAAGCCAAUGGCGAGUUCGUCGUAACAAAACCAGAAAAGACAGGUGGUUUGGUGACUACAGCCACUGUUUCAGAACAAAUCCUUUAUGAAAUCUUGGAUCCUGCAUUGUAUUUGCUACCCGAUGUGAUUUUGGAUAUGCGCCAAGUGCGUUUGAGCCAAGUUGGAAAGAACCGUGUAUUGGUACAGGGUGCUCGUGGUCUGGCACCUACCCCUUGGGUCAAAUGCUCGGGUAUCUUUUUGGAUGGAUGGAAGCUUAGCGGUGAAUUAGUGAUUGGUGGUCAUGAAGCUAAGGCCAAGGCAAAGGCCAUGGGUGAUGCUCUCUUCCGCCGUGUGCGUGGUAUGCUCAAAGAAGCCGGUAUGGCUGAUUUCCGUGGUAUCAAUAUUGAGCCUCUUGGUGGUGAAGUGCUUUAUGGUCCACAUGCCAACCCCAUUGAAUCACGUGAAGUGGUGCUUCGUGUUGUUGCGCACCAUGAUGAUACCAAGGCUCUCGGCUUAUUUGCACGUGAGAUCAUGGCCACCGGCACUGUAAUGGUACCUGGUAUCACUGGUAGUGGUAGUGGACGUCCCAAACCAGUACCAAACCUUGUGCAUUUCCCUUGCUUGCUCCCCAAGACCAAGGUCCAAGCUGGUGUUGUUGUUGGUGAUGGUGAAGUUCAACCCGUCAAGUGGGAACAAUGGGAUGAAAACGCCAAAUUCAGUGCCCCAACACCUGUACCACUUAUCCCUGAAGCCAAAGUCAAUCCUCAAGAGCAGCUUGUCAAGACGAAGCUCAUCAACUUGGCAUAUGGUCGUAGUGGUGAUAAGGGCGAUGUGUGCAACAUUGGUAUCAUUGCACGUGACCCUCGUUACUACCCAUACAUCAAACGCUCAAUCACCGGACAAGCCGUUGCUCAAUACAUGAAGCAUCUUUGCAAGGGCUCUGUCACACGUUAUGACUUGCCAGGCUUAUUUGCCAUGAAUUUUGUGCUCACAAGAUCCCUCGGUGGUGGCGGUCUUAGUUCAUUGGUGGUUGAUCGCCAAGGCAAAACGUUUGCACAACUCGUUCUCACAGGGCUUGAUGUUGAAAUCCCUGCCAGCUUAGUACCUUCACCAGCCAAAUUGUAA